UAAGCAGUACAGACAACACAUUUACUCGGUGCAGAUAAUACGCCCUAAAACUGAGCAUGUGUUUGUCUGUGCUGUUUAAAACACUGUUAACAACGGUGUGAGAUGGGUGUGAGAGAAAUACGAGAGAAGUGUGUUGUUUCUAUCAAGAUUCCGUUAUGGGGUGUAUUUCUUUGCAAAAAAACAAAACAAAAACAAAAACCCUGUUGAGCAGAAAUACUCAUAAAACAUUAAUGGAUAAAUAGAUACUGAGUACCCUACAAGACAAUUAUCGACUAGUAUAUAGCUGUCCCAGCUUACAGUAUAAAAAUCUCACAUGCACUGUAGUUAAACUGUGGUAAAAUGAUUAAUAAAGGGCUUAUGAGUGUGUAACAGGCCUGUCUGGAGUAUGUAAACACAUGAAACAGAUCUCAUAUGUCUUUUCCUUUCAUUUUGCAGCCUUUCCCGGUUUCACUUUCCAACAGUUUAGACGCAAACUCACAAACAAACUUAAAAGAAUAUUUCAGCCAAAAUGUUUUAUUCGAGUUGUUCCAAACCUCUAUGACUUGAUUUCUUCUGUGUAGCACAAAAAGGCAAAAUAUGCUAUGAAAGAUAAUAAUGACUUGAGGUGAAUUCUGCAUUGCAUCUGCUUUUGUUCAACCCAUUCAGGUUUGGCCCAACAUACAGGUGAAUGAACUAUGACAGGAUUUUCAUUUUGGGGAAAGUUAUCCCUUAAAACUCACUCCUCUGGGUGUUAAUUUACUUACCCAGUGUUAUUUUUCACAACAAGAGUGUUUUAAGCGGAUUAGCAUGAUCCUGAAUGUCAUGUUACUGACUUCAUCCGUCCAUAAGAAACGCCUCUUUAAGAAUUAUGCAUUUCCAGCUUGUCAACAAAAACCGGUUCCUCAAGAUAAGGUCUUUACGUCAUGUCGCUUACACCAUUUUCACAGUAUUCUGCAUUAGACACGCUAUAAACAGCACUGGACCUGCAUUAUGUCCAUAUGGGAUUAAACUACAAUAUGAAGACCUGACAAAUCCUCUACACCAACAUAAAGGAAACCACACGUAUUUGUUUCUUAAACAAGAAAAUCCAAUCUUAUCAGCGAGUAUAAACACAUUGCAAUGAUGUUUAAUGCUGCUGAUUCUGAGAUGUACGGUUUACACCCAACGCCAGAAGAACGGAGCACAAUUUCGCCAGGUCAUUUGGAUGACACAAUGGAGGAAAAGAAUAAGAAACGUAAAAGCCCAAAACCGUCGACCAACCAGCCUCCUCCCCCAGUCGCUGCACGGAAAACAACUGCGGAAGCACACUCCAGUCAGAGGACAAAGUAUCGCAGGGGAGUGCGAGACAAACCGAGGCCUCAGAGUCAGUCGGGUAAAAGUAACCAGUCUGCCCGCAUCCAGCACUCGUUUCUCACAGAUGUGUCUGAUGUUCAAGAGAUGGAGAAGGGGCUGCUCGGCCUUCUUAAUGACUUCCACUCUGGAAAACUGCAAGCCUUUGGCAAUGAGUGCUCCAUUGAUCAGAUGGAGCAUGUGAGAGAAAUGCAGGAAACACUGGCUCGUCUGCAAUUCGACCUGUAUGGAGAAGUGGAUGAGUUGCCAGAAGACCAGAGGAAGUCGGCCUAUGACACGAACAUGGAUAAACUGUUAUCAAAUCUGGAAGAGUUAAGCUCCUCAAUACAAAAGCUUAACCUUGCUGACUGUCAAGAUGUCCCCAGAACUUCCAGCAUAUGAACUACACAGACUCUACUGUGGAGAAUACUGUGUGCAUAUUUAGCACAGAAAAGCUGUGGAGAAACACCAGUAUUACAGUCAUAUCUGUGACACUGUGGAUCUGAAACGUAUAGAAUUGGCUUGUUUGCACUGUAUAGUUUUGUAGAUAUGAUAUCCGAGAACAACUCCAAACAGUCGUGAUGAAAUGCCCACUUAUCUUUGUCAUCACAUCAUUUCAUCACUAGAAAUAUGUAUUCAUAAGGUAAUGUUCUGUAACAUUGUGACUUCUAAUCAUAUGUCUUAAAUGUUGCCUUGGAGUUGUACAAUACCAGCACCUUUACGUUAUCACCAAUUCACUUGGAUGGGAUUUGUAUUUAUAUAUGUCCUGUCUUAAAGGAAUUAAUAGAAUAAAAAUAUACGGAUGUCAGACUGCAGAAAUUAAGUAAAAUGAUAAUGUAUAUUUUCUGCUUAUAGUCAUUUACAUAUUUUAUUUUGAUUUAAAAUGGCUGAUUGUUGAUUAACAUUUUUACUCACUCAUGCAUCAAUAAAGUUCAAGUUGUAUUACCCCA